CUGAACCUCUCUGCGCAUGUCCAUCUUUCAACGCAUCAAGACAUCGAUCAAGAAAUACGCCCACCAGCAUUGGAAUCUUGGCAUCCGUAUCAUCAUUCUUCGGCAACACGUUCUGAUUGCCAGGAACCUGGACUGCAGGGGGCAUCACAGUGCACUCAAGCUAUAAAUGGGAUUCAUGCUCGUUUUGCAACCACUGGGCAUGGCAGCAUCGACAGAAUGCGGAGCACUAAUCCGUUUGUCUUCCUUGUGCAGAGGCGCAGACAUGACCGUCCUCGGAGACUUCUCCAGCCCCGUCGACUGGCGAUGGAUCACCACAGCGCUGGUCUUCGUGGUGACGUACCUGGUGGGCCGCUUCUACCACCGUGUGUCCAACUACCCGAAGGGACCCUUCCCACUUCCUCUUGUUGGCAACCUGCUGACUCUGCGCAACGCCAACAACCUGCACUCCAAGUCAGCCGAGUGGUCCAAGACGUACGGCGACGUCUUCACCAUGUGGAUGGCCCACAGGCCUGUGGUGAUGCUGAACAGCCACUCGGCUAUUCGGGAAGCAUUUGUGGAGCGACGGCAUGAUUUCGCUGGCCGCUUCCCAACUAGAAUGGCCGCAUUGCAAAACCAAGGCGACCACGACAUCAUGUUUGAGGAUUACAACCCGCGUUGGAAGGCGCUCCGAAAGCUCGCUUGGUCAGCUGUGAGGAAGUACGCCGUCAGCGAGUCGCUGGGAAAGCUUUGCACCGAUAUCGUCGACACCUUCGUAGAGUCCUUAAAUGAAAGACCGCAGAUCAUGGACUCAAGGAAGCCUAUCCUCUCUAUAUUAUGCAAGGUCAUAGGUGUGUCUAUAUACGGCACAAGGCUGCGCGAGGAAAUGGGUGAAGUGGAACAGCUGGAAAACUUCAACCGCCGAUUCCACGAAAUUUGCCCCAACGGUCUACCUAGCGACAUCGCGCCCUAUCUGGCCUUUCUGUACAUUAAAAGGGAGAGAAAGAUUGCGGACCUGUUCUACAAGUCUAAGGAGACCUUGCGCAGGCUGUUCACGAAAGCUGAGGCAGCCUACAUUCCAGGUAACACAGAAAACUUCACGCACGCCAUGUUGACCGCCCGAGAAGAAGCCAUCAAGGAAGACAAAGAUGAUGCCCAAUACUUGACCAAAGACAACAUGAUUCUCAUUACGAUCAACCUCUUCAACGCUGGAGUUGACACAUCAACUGGUACACUUCAGUGGCUCCUGCUGCGGAUGGCGAAAGAACCAGGCAUCCAGGCUAGAAUUCAAAAAGAAAUUGAAGAAAAUAUCGGGAACGUGCCGCCCGUGCACGGUGACCGCGAGAAGCUUCCCUUCACCGUGGCCUGCCUGUUAGAGACGCUACGGAUGCAUCCCGCGGCACCUGUCGGCCUACCGCACAACACAACUACGAACACCCGAGUCGGAAAGUGGGACAUACCCAAGGACACGGCCCUUAUGUACAACAUCUACGGAGUGCAUCACGACCCCAGCAACUGGGAAAAGCCCGAAGAGUUCCGGCCCGAGCGGUUCCUUGAUCCUGUGACGGGAAAAGUGCGCACGGACGCCGGUCCACUGAUCACCUUCGGCAUGGGCCCCCGCAUCUGCCCCGGAGAGAAGCUGGCCCACAUGGACAUGUUCUACAUCCUCGUGCGACUCAUGCAAAGGCUCAGCUGCAGCGUCCCUGACGGGCUCUCAGCUGUAAACUUGAAAGGAAAUGAUUCGAGCCUGUUUGUACACCCUGCUCAGCAAAACAUCGCAUUUACGAGAAGGAACUAAAUACAUCCGGACUGCGUGAAACCCAUCGCACACUGGAACCUUUUUGGGAGCUCUCAACGUAGCCUUUCUCUAGCAGUGGUUGCACAGAGAAUCAAACUGUGGUCACUAAAAAAAUUGAGGAGCCAUUUCACCCUGUGAAGGUGGUUGACCAGCGAAGCGGCUAUGGUGGUACAAAUUAUGUUGGUAUAGACUUUUGCUGGUAUGUAGCUGUACAUAUAAUAAUGUAUAUGUCAUU